AUGUACUACUCUGCUGUAGAUAUGUACUACUCUGCUGUAGUGAUGUACUACUCUGCUGUAGAUAUGUACUACUCUGCUGUAGUGAUGUACUACUCUGCUGUAAUGAUGUACUACUCUUCUGUAGUGAUGUACUACUCUGCUGUAGAGAUGUACUACUCUGCUGUAGAGAUGUACUACUCUGCUGUAGAUAUGUACUACUCUGCUGUAGAUAUGUACUACUCUGCUGUAGUGAUGUACUACUCUGCUGUAGUGAUGUACUACUCUGCUGUAAUGAUGUACUACUCUUCUGUAGUGAUGUACUACUCUGCUGUAGAGAUGUACUACUCUGCUGUAGAGAUGUACUACUCUGCUGUAGAGAUGUACUACUCUGCUGUAGAGAUGUACUACUCUGCUGUAGAGAUGUACUACUCUGCUGUAGAGAUGUACUACUCUGCUGUAGAGAUGUACUACUCUGCUGUAGAGAUGUACUACUCUGCUGUAGAUAUGUACUACUCUGCUGUAGUGAUGUACUACUCUGCUGUAGUGAUGUACUACUCUGCUGUAGAUAUGUACUACUCUGCUGUAGAUAUGUACUACUCUGCUGUAGAGAUGUUCUACUCUGCUGUAGAGAUGUUCUACUCUGCUGUAGAGAUGUACUACUCUGCUGUAGAGAUGUACUACUCUGCUGUAGAGAUGUACUACUCUGCUGUAGUGAUGUACUACUCUGCUGUAGAGAUGUACUACUCUGCUGUAGAGAUGUACUACUCUGCUGCGGCACUCCUGAACUCGUUCCCGGCCAUCUUUGACGAACUGCUUCAGAUGUUUACAGUCCAGGAAGUGGCAGAGUUUGUACGGGGCACAUUGGGCAGCAUGCCUAGCACUGUACACAUCGGACAGUCCAUGGACGUCGUCAAACUGCAGUCCAUCGCUCGCACCGUUGACAGUCGCCUAUUCUCCUUCCCAGAGUCUCGUAGGAUUCUGCUUCCUGUGGUCCUGCAUCACAUCCACCUCCACCUGAGACAGCAGAAAGAGCUGCUCAUCUGUUCUGGCAUCCUCAGCAGUAUCUUCUCCAUCAUCAAGACCAGCUCUCUGGACACCCCGGUGCAGGAGGACAUAGAGAUGAUGGUUGAGUCUCUCCUAGAUGUGCUACUCCAGACCCUGCUGGCCAUCAUGAGCAAGUCUCAGUCCCAGGAGGCGGUAAGAGGCCAGCGCUGCCCACAGUGCACGGCUGAGAUCACUGGAGAGUAUGUGUCCUGCCUCCUAUCCCUGCUGCGUCAGAUGUCUGAAAUCCAUUUCCAACAUCUGCUGGACAACUUCCAGAGCAAAGAGGAGCUGAAGGAGUUCCUGUUGAAGAUAUUUUGUGUGUUUCGUAACCUGAUGAAGCUCAGUGUCUUUCCCCGGGACUGGAACGUGAUGAGGCUGCUGACCAGCAACAUCAUAGUGACGACAGCCCAGUGUCUGUCCCCGGCUCUGAACAAAAACUUCACCGAAGCUGACUUUGAUUUCAAGGUGUGGAACUCAUACUUCAGUCUGGCUGUUCUAUACAUCAACCAGCCCAGCCUACAAUUAGAGAGCACCACACCAGCCAAGAGGAAGAAUGUGUUGGACAAGUAUGGUGACAUGAGGGUGAUGAUGGCCUACGAGCUCUUCAGCAUGUGGCAGAACCUUGGUGAGAACAAGAUCCACUUCAUCCCAGGUAUGAUAGGUCCGUUCCUGGGUGUGACCCUGGUGCCUCAGGGGGAGGUCAGAAACAUCAUGAUCCCUAUCUUCCACGAUAUGAUGGACUGGGAGCAGAGGAAGAACGGGAACUUCAAACAGGUGGAGGCAGAGCUGAUUGACAAGCUAGACAGUCUGGUGUCUGAGGGGAAAGGAGACGAGAACUACCGAGAACUAUUCAGCCUGCUAACCCAGCUCUUUGGGCCUUACCCCAGCCUGCUGGAGAAGAUCGAGCAGGAGACUUGGAGGGAGACGGGAAUCUCCUUCGUCACCUCUGUCACACGGCUGAUGGAACGUCUGCUGGACUACAGGGACUGCAUGAAAGGAGACGAGACAGAGAACAAGAAGAUUGGCUGUACUGUCAACCUGUUGAACUUCUACAAGUCAGAGAUCAACAAGGAGGAGAUGUACAUCCGCUACAUCCACAAGCUGUGUGGCAUGCACCUUCAGGCUGAGAACUACACAGAGGCUGCGUUCACUCUGCUGUUGUACUGGGAGCUGCUGCAUUGGGAGGAGAGGCCUCUGAGGGAGUUCCUCCACUACCCAGGCCAGAGCGAGUGGCAUCGCAAAGAGGGCCUCUGUCGUAAGGUCAUCAACUACUUCAACAAGGGCAAGUGCUGGGAGUAUGGGAUACCGCUGUGCAGAGAGCUGGCUUACCAGUAUGAGACCUUGUACGACUACCAAAGCCUCAGCUGGAUAAGGAAAAUGGAGGCAGCGUACUAUGACAACAUCAUGGAGCAGCAGCGUCUAGAACCAGAGUUCUUCAGGGUGGGCUUCUACGGACGCAAGUUCCCCUUCUUCCUAAGAAACAAGGAGUUUGUCUGCCGUGGUCAUGACUACGAACGUUUAGAAGCCUUCCAGCAAAGGAUGCUGGGAGAAUUCCCACAAGCCAUUGCCAUGCAACACCCCAACCAACCAGACGAGGCCAUUUUACAGUGUGACGCCCAGUACCUCCAGAUCUACGCUGUUUCAGCGGUACCCGAGAACGUCGACGUUCUCCAGAUGGACCGGGUUCCAGACCGCAUCAAGAGCUUCUACCGAGUCAACAACGUGCGCCGCUUUCGCUACGACCGGCCCUUCCACAAAGGAUCCAAAGACCGUGAGAACGAGUUCAAGAGCUUGUGGAUCGAGAGGACUACGCUGAUCCUCACACAUCCUCUUCCUGGUAUUUCCCGCUGGUUUGAGGUGGAGAAGAGAGAGCUGAUUGAGGUGAGUCCUCUGGAGAAUGCCAUCUACGUGGUGGAGAACAAGAACCAUGAGCUGCGGACCCUGAUCAGCCAGUACCAACACAAGCAGCUCCAUGGCAACAUCAACCUGCUCUCCAUGUGUCUCAAUGGGGUCAUUGACGCUGCCGUCAACGGGGGCAUCGCUAGAUACCAGGAGGCCUUCUUUGAUAAGGAGUACAUCGGCAGUCACACAGAGGACACAGAGAAGAUCACUUCUCUCAAAGACCUCAUGCAGGAACAGGUUCACAUCCUGGGGGCGGGGCUUGCGGUCCAUGACAAGCUGGUGCACCCUGAAAUGCGUCCCCUGCACAAGAAACUAAUAGACCAGUUCCAAAUGAUGAGGAGCAGUCUCUAUUAUGAAUAUUGAGAAACCUCUGUGUCCAUUCAGGGUCUGCCGGGGCUGGACAAGCUGAGUCCUGCCUGUUCUGGUGCCAGUACCCCGAGAGGCAUCCUGGCUACGCACAGCCCCAUGAGCCCCGACAGCUUCAAAGUCAUGCACAGGCACAGUCCACUGAAUCUGCUGGGGUCUAUCCGCCACUCGUCCUCCUCACUGUCCUCUCACACCUCCAGUGAGACGGGUAAUCUGGUGAUCCUGACGGACGGCAUGGUGGUGGAACACCCCGAGGACGUCUACCGGAAUUUAUUUUUCGGGAGGUAUAACACGAGGAAUACGAGGUCAUUUCCUGUAUCUUUUCUCUUCUCUCAGCCAAGUCCUUCCUCCUCCAGCCUGAGCUCCACCCACUCAGCACCCUCCCAGAUGGUCAACUCCUCCAACAGCAUCAGAGGCUCCCCGUCGCUGCCGGAGAAAUACCGGAACAACCGUGAGAUGUUGAUGCUGCUGCCUCCUCACCGGGAGAGACCCAGCUCCGCCAUGUACCCCAACAUCACUGAGAACGGACAGCCAACCAACUUCCAGCGAGCGUUGUUCCACCAGGUGAUUGGUCCAUGCAAGCCCUGCAGCGACCCUAACCUGUCUGUGGCAGAGAAAGGACACUUCUCCAUGCACUUUGAUGCUUUCCACCACCAGAUCAGCGACCUCCCUCCAGCUCUCCCUGCGCGCUCCUCUUUACGAAAGUCAGCCUUGCACCCUAUACCUGCCUCGCCCACCAGUCCCCAGUCCCAGUCCGGCCUGGAUGGCAGUAACUCUACUCUCUCCGGUAGCGCCUCCUCCGGCGUCUCCUCCCUGAGCGAGAGCAACUUCAUGGGCCAGUCAUCAGAUGCCCUGGACACUGUCGCCGUCACCCCCAGCAUGGCACACGCUACCUGGGCCACGGACGGAGAGGACCUGGGCAUGGACUCCCCCUCUGGUUCCUACCUGCCUGUGCGCUACAGUGUCUCUGAGUCAGAGGUCCUGGAUGGCUCCAAGCCCCCUCCCUGUCGUAGCCACUCCUCUCCUGGGGUGAUCACCCCACUCAUCACCAAUAUCGUGGUUCCAAUCAGCCCUGUCCUCCCAGAGGCCCAUACCCUUAACAUCCAGAACCUGCCCCACUACCGCCACCAGCCUCCGCCCGCCCUGCCCCCCAAGCCCUACCUGAGAGAGGGGUGUAUUCCUGAGGAGGAGGGGUGUAUUCCCACCAGGCCCAUGCCCAUGCCACGCAAGAUCUCUCAGCCUCUCAUCACCUCUAAGGAAGAGCAGGCCAAAGUGGCGUGGGAGCACGGCAUCGCCGAAGAGUGA